AUGACUCGAUACAUGGGUCUACCGUUUGAAGUUGUUGCUGAAAUGGGAAUUGUUGCGCCCUUAGGGAUGGUUAAGGCGUCAGUGCAGAUGAAGAGUUGGCACGAGCGAUUCCUGCAGUCUGUGCUGAGGAUGUUGGUACUGGGUUCGCUACCAAUGAAGACGGAUGUAUUAGUAGCUCAUGACACUAUGGUUAAAGAUGGCUUAAACUUGGUGUUGACUAGCAGUCAGUGUUUAGCGCUAGUGCAGAAUGGAGACCGAAUGGACUUUUUGCUACAUGAGGCAAUGAGGCCUAAGUUGGUAACGACAACAGAGUUGCCAAGGAAGCAGGCGUUGGUCAAGCCGGAGACAGUGCUGACACCAAGGCAGGGACGUCGUGUGAGGGCUUUAGUUCCAAAGCGUCGUCCGUGGAAAGAUAAAGUGUCUAGGAAUGGAAUGCAGGCGAAGAUGCGACGCCAGAUGAACAUCAUACACUUAACGGGUGCGUUGACUAGAGUUCUGCAGAAGCAGUAUGUGGCAGCAGCUACAGCACAUUUUCAGGUAAUGAAGGAACGUGUUGAACGAAUGCGUAAGAAGGAUGAGCUGGACCUGGUUGAGGAGCAUAUUCUCCCGAGGAUUCCAGAUGUGUUGGUACCGGUGGAUUUACCGGUGGGCGAUAUAGACCCAGGUGGGACAAAAUAA